AUGGCUGAGAUUUCCUCGUACGAUGACAUCCUCAACUCCCUCGACGAGAAUGCCUUCGAGUCAUUUGAUGGAGGGAGCCUCUCACCCACCCUCGAAGACUGGUCCAGCCCUAAGGACCUUGAAGAGAUCGAGUUCGAAAGUCUCGACCUCUCUGAGUCCGAUUCAUCAUGGGUUGACCCGUUAGAAUCCGCCAUCACAGCCACCCGCAAUGGAUCCGCUCCAGUCCUCAGCACCCUCUCCCAAUUCACAGCUAUUCUAUCCCAAACUGGAAUCCAUGGCCCUCGUCUCCUGAAAACGAUUAACCUCUCGACUCGUGGUACCAAAAUUGGCUCCGGUGCCCAAUUCACCGUUUUCAAAGACCCUUCCUUCCAAGGAGAGGUGAUAAAACGCGUUAAUGUUCCCCUUUCCAAUAAAGCCGACCAGCGCUUCGCGGCGACUAUGGACUAUCGUCUUCAGCUGAGGACACUUUGUCUUGAAGUUCUGUCGCUCUGCAAUCCCAUCAUGCGUGCACAUCCAAAUAUCACAAGUCUGCUGGCGUGGGGAUUCGACUAUCCAUUUGCGGAUAUGGCUGUACCAGUCCUAUUCAUGGAGGAGGCACUGAUGCCGUUGAGUGACUUUCUCAUCACUGAGAAGAGAGGGGUAGAUGUGAGAUACCAGCUUGCACUUGAUGUCGUGAACGGGCUAGAGGCACUACACAAUCUCGGCAUCGUGCAUGGGGAUGUCAAGCCAGACAACGUACUUGUGUUUCCGGGUCCGAAUGACAAGGUCCCAUUUCGGGCCAAGAUGAGUGACUUCGGAGUGUGCGUUGACUUAGAAGCGCCCGAUGCCGGGUUCGAGUUGAACGACUAUCGUGGUACCCCGGCUUGGUUGGCUCCUGAAGUAAUCGCUGAGGAUAUCUCCAAAUUUGGCAAAUUUUCACCCGACAUGAUGUUUAGGUUUGAUUCCUAUAGCCUUGCAUUGGUGUUGCUGUCUGUCUUCACGGCCGGCGGUCAACCCCUUACUUUCAACAAAAGUUUCGAUGGGAUCUCUGAUCGGGUCUCUAAAUUACUCAAUGACCGCAAGGAUAUCCCAUCCGCUAUUCGCAUGGAGGUUCGCAAAGCAGUUUUGAAGCUUUUGGCCGAAGACCCCAGAAGUCGCCCUUUGCCAAACCAGGCAUUACUCAAGACUGAUACGCCAGCAUAUGCAUCUUGGCUUUCUUCAAUCCAAUCUAGCGCCUCCACAAAUACCCCUACGGGUGUUAUUGACCCAAUCUACAACAAAGGCCCGCUCUUCUGGUACCGACUAGAUGAGAGUAUUCGCAAAGAGCUUGAAACGCAACACGCUCUUAGCAAAGAAGGAAAUGCGCCUCCAUUUACAGGUGAUGUUCUACUUGGAAUAGCCCAGACAAUCACCGGGGAAAAGCCUACGUAUCUUGAUCGUCUGCUGACAUAUCUGGGUGACGCUGCCAAAGCAGGAUCCUCACCUGCUAGAGCUAUAUAUGGACAGAUUAUGGAGGCUCAUGGGCAGGAGUCAGACUUCAGCCAAAACGUGCUAGACAAGUGGAUGUUGCAAGCUGUUUCUGAAGGAUAUUACUUUGCAAAGCCAGGGCGACUGCAAAACGAAAUUGAAGAUGCAAAGCAACGAUUUAGAAUGAACGGAGGGUUUUGCUCGGAUCCAUUCUUAGGAAAAUCCGACGUGAAAGCAGCAAUGAGUCGACAGAAAGUGCUGAACUGGAUGAGAGAAAGAGGAAUCGUUGUUGAUCGCAAAGGGAACACGUUACUACACGCCGCCGCCGCUUUCGGAGCUAGCGAUACAGUACGGGCUAUACUGGAGACUGCGGAAGUUGGAGUGGACGUGAAAAAUGAGAAUGAAGAGACACCGUUGUACAAAGCUUUCCAAGCGGGACAGAAAGAUGUGAUUGGAAUCCUUCUCGAUCAUGGAGCUGAUGCAUCCUGCAGAAAUCGAGAAAAGAACUCCCCGUUGCAUUGGCUUUUUACCAUUCCAGAUGACGCGAUUCACGAUAUCACAAAGCGAAUGCUUGAAGGGGGUGCAGAUAUUGACGCAAAUAUGGAGCCUGUGGUCAAGGACAACAGUGGCGGAUAUCCAGAGAAGAUCCAGAUUCUUCAUUACCCAUUCGAACUACCCCACGGAACACCGCUUCAUUGGGCAUGCUUCUUUCGAAACAGAACUGCAAUAGACACUCUGAUUUCCUUUCAAGCGAAUAUCAACGCAAUGUACCACCGUUUAGACUCGUCAACCACUCCACUUGCGCUAUCCGCAUACUUCGGCGAGCCUGAAAUAGCAAGACAUUUGUUAUCUCGGGGUGCGGAUGGAACGCUGCUCGACUCGAUUGGAAGAAAUACGUUGCACCAGAUCACGAAGUACUUUCCUGAUCGACAUGGCUAUCUCCCUCAUCAAUGGCAUUAUUGGAUCCGCCAUGGAAACUGGAAUAAGCAUUUUGAGAAGCUCACAGAUCUAGUCAAGAUCUUAGUUGAGGGCGGAGCGGAUGUAAAUGCCAAGGAAAAUGGGCGAUUUCCCCUGACACCGAUUGCUGCUGCUGCUGAGCUCGGGGUCUGGGAUGGAGGAAUGAUAAAUGCCCUGCUAGAAGCGGGGGCCGAUUUGAAAGAAUCAAUUCUUGCGGGAGGAGAUACAGUCUUGCAUUGUUGGGUCGCCGUCACAGCACCCCGACUGGAUUACCCUGACUCAUAUAUCCCAACCCUCAACAGGAUAGUUCGUGCCAUGCCGAAUAUUGAUAUUCCCACUCGAUAUGAAGAAGAUACACCUCUGCACACAUUGACGACAACAUAUCACACCGAGGACGAAUUCGAGGCCGCGUGUAACAUUCUACUUGGUCAUUCUCCACCAGCAGACAUUGACAGAGUGACACGCCGUGGGGCUACUGCAUUGUCGAUAGCCUUGGAGACUCACCUUGACCCUGGACGACGAGGCCGCUUUAUACUUGAAAAAGGUGCCAAUUCAACUAUUAUCAAUGACCGAGGCAGAGAUAUUUUCUAUUCAAUUGCCAACAACGCAGUACUCAGCGAUAAACCCAGCCACGAUCUUAUUGAGCAUUUCCUGCAUGCCCUUGGCUUCAACAUGCAACAAGUUUUCGAAAAAUGCUACCUUGGUAACAAAGAUAACAGCCGCGAAUCUAUAUUUGCUGCCGCGAGUCAUGGAAAGCCCCGUACUUUAGCUCUUUUGCUCUCGCUGGGCCUCAAAAGCAGUAUCAAUAUCCUGGACACAACCAAAUCGCCACCACGGACACCACUGGACCAAGCCCUCCAUUCUGCGGAACUAAUUCGUCGUGAUCACAUCCAAGCACUAGCGUCCUAUAAAAUCGGUAAAUCACGUACUAAUGCACUUGAUCAAAAUCUUGUGUAUGGUGACAACCAAGGCCCGCCAGAUCGUGCGGCGGAGGCUUAUAGAUGUUUUCCGGAAGUUAUCCAAAUUCUACGAGAUGCUGGUGCCUUGCGAAAAUGCGAACUGGAAGGGAGUUCGGACGGCGAUUACAUUGAGCAGCCGGCGGACUGGGAUAAGAGUGAGAUCCAAAAGUACGGUUUUACGAAGGAAACUCAACCGAAUGCCGAGGCUUGGCGGGGGUUGUAUGAUUUGGCCCUUUAUAGCAAUGGAUGGGGGUGGCUAAACAAACUUAUCGGAGGAAAAAAGAGCUGA